GGUACCGCGCAUGUGCAGCCGGUGCCGACACACAGCUGUAUCCGGUGUAACUCUGAAGAUAAGUAAGCUGCAGAAAGUGGGUUUUUAUUCCACUUACCUGCCUCUGAACAUGAAGUCUGACUCACAGGAGAGCUCAGCUUCAUCACGAUGAAGACUUUAAAUAAACUGAGAUCACUUUUAAUGAUGAAGAGCUUCAGAAACACAGACCAGCAUGCAGGAAGUGAAGAGAGCUGAGGACUAACCUGCCAAAUGAAUCCAGUAUUUAAGGAUCUUUUUAUAUAAACAUGUUUGUAGUUUUAAAUUUUAGCCUGUUUUUAUGAGUGUUUUAACACAGAGUGAGUCAUGGUGCCUUUAAAGAGGAGGAAAGUGGUCUCCUCAGAGACAGGGAGCAAAGCUGGGGAUCAAAUCAAGUUUCCUCAGGUGGUUUUGUUCCUGCUGGAGAGAAAGAUGGGAGCAAGUCGAAGAGGUUUUCUGUCUGAGCUCAGCAGGAAGAAAGGAUUUCAAGUGGAGGAGAAGUUCAGUGAGACCGUCACGCACGUCAUCUCUGAGAACAACUCUGCUUCAGAGGUCAGGACGUGGCUCGACUCUCAGGUCAAAGGUCAAACACCGUCUGCUCACCUCCUGGACAUCAGCUGGUUCACAGAGAGCAUGAAGGCUGGACUUCCUGUGCAGAUACUGAACCGACAUAGACUUCAGGAGCAGCAGACUCCUGAAGAAGAGGUGGUGGCCUUCUCUGUGCCGAGCUACGCCUGUCAGAGGAGAACCACUCUGGAGAACCACAACACCGUCCUCACAGAUGCUCUGUCGCUCCUCGCCGAGAACGCCGAGCUCAGCGACGAGGAAGGACGAGGCGUCGCUUUCCGUCGAGCCGCCGCCGUCCUGAAGUCUCUCCCUGAAGCGGUGACGAGCAUGACGCAGCUCAGAGGGCUGCCCUGUCUGGGAGAUCACACGCUCAGAGUCAUCAAGGAUGUUCUGGAGAAUGGAGCGUCCAGUGAGGUUGAAUCUACGAAGCAGUCUGAGCGGUAUAAAGCUCUGAAGGUUCUGACUGGAAUUUUUGGAGUCGGCGUGAAAACAGCAGACCGAUGGAUCAGAGAGCGGAUACUCGACCUCCAGCAGCUAAGAGACUCAGGACAGACGCUCAACCGGGCCCAGCAGGCAGGUCUGGAUCACUACGAUGAUCUGAACCAGCCCGUCUCUAAAGCAGAGGCGGACUCCAUCAGUGAAAUCGUAGAGCGGGUCGUUGUUUCUGUGCUACCAGGGGCACAGAUGAAUCUGAUCGGAGGGUUCAGGAGGGGGAAGCAGACCGGUCAUGAUGUGGACUUCCUGAUCACCCACCCAGAGGAGGGCAGAGAGGAGGGACUGAUGCCCAAAGUGGUCUCUAGUUUGGAAGCUCAGGGUUUCCUCCUGUACCAGAAAACCACAAGAAACUCUUACCUGGAGUCUAAGGAGGGUCCGGGGCGUCCGUCCUCGAACAUGGACCGCUUUGAGAGAUGUUUCUCCAUCUUUAAACUGUUGAAGAAAGUCAAACAUGGAGAGAUGCUGACGGAGGAGGAGCAGAGGAAAGGUUGGCGGGCUGUGAGGGUGGACCUCGUCGUCUCUCCCAUGAGUCAGUUUGCGUUCGCUCUUCUCGGCUGGACCGGAUCCAAGGUGACUUUUAAAAACCCACCUCUUUGUUUUUCUUCCUCUUUAAAGAAACUUAAACUUCUUCUGUUGUUUUUAAAGUUGUUUGAGAGAGAGCUGCGGCGGUGGGCGGGUCACGAGAGGUCGAUGUCUCUGAGCAGCCACGCUCUGUUUGACAGCCAGCAGGGGCGGUAUCUGAGAGCGACGUCAGAGGAGGAGAUAUUCUCUCACCUUGGUCUGGAGUUCAUUCCCCCCUCUGAGAGGAACGCCUGAGCUCCUGCAGGAGGACAGAUAAGUGAGCUCACACGGCACCACAGAGAGCAGAGAGGAGCCUCAAUCCCUGCUCCUCAAAAAGACUCUCUCUCAGAGUUUAAACACACUGUACUGCUCCUUUUACUGUCAGAUAUUCACUUUAAAAAUAUCAUAUGAAAAGAAUCAACUGCUGCUGAUUUAAACUUGAAUGCCUGUUAAAGUUUAAAGUUAAAUCUAAUGACCUGUUACUGCUGAUGCCUUCAAUUAAAACAUGUGAAUUAAAUCUUAAA